UCUUGUUACCACUUAGCGGCCACAGGUUCAGCUAGAAUUUUGUCUGCACUUAAUUCCCUUUCUCUCUUUGCUUUGUUCUAUAAAGCCAAAGAAAGGGAGAGAGAGAGAGAGAGAGAGAGAGAGAGAGGAAUUUGGAGUCUGGGAGAGAUAGAGAUGGGCCAUCAUCUUCUUCGCAUGAACCUUACAUCUAUCUCUUCUUCUGCUUCUUUCAAAUCUUCUAAUUCACUGUUUCCAUGUAAUCAUCACCAAAUUCCCUCCAAUUCUUUUCACUUGCUCUUUCACUCUAAAUCCUCAGGCCAUAAAAUCUCUUGGAUCCAAAAGCUGCCCAGAAUUGUGACUACCUCUGUCAAGUGCUCUGCUAAGAUUGAAAAUGCAAGUGUUAUUCAAAGCUCUGCAGCUGUGAAAGAAAAGAGUGUUUCGGUCAUUCUGUUGGCUGGAGGAAAGGGCAAAAGAAUGGGUGCUAGCAUGCCAAAGCAAUAUCUACCCCUGUUAGGCCAGCCAAUUGCUUUAUACAGUUUCUACACAUUCUCAAAAAUGAUUGAAGUGAAAGAAAUUGUUGUAGUCUGCGAUCCAUCCUACCAAGACAUUUUUGAAGAUGCCAAAGAAAAUAUCAAUGUGGACCUCAAAUUCGCACUGCCUGGGAAGGAAAGACAGGAUUCUGUCUACAGUGGCCUUCAGGAAGUUGAUUUGAACUCUGAGCUUGUUUGUGUCCAUGACUCAGCUAGACCUCUGGUGUCAUCUGCAGAUGUAAAAAAGGUCAUUGAAGAUGCUUGGAUGAAUGGAGCAGCUGUGCUCGGUGUUCCUGCUAAAGCUACAAUUAAGGAGGCAAACAGUGAAUCUUUUGUAGUGAGAACUCUUGACCGCAAAACACUUUGGGAAAUGCAAACCCCACAGGUGAUUAAGCCUGAUUUGCUUAAAAAAGGCUUUGAGCUUGUGAACAGAGAUGGUCUUGAAGUCACUGAUGAUGUCUCUAUCGUGGAACACCUUAGACAUCCCGUAUACAUUACAGAAGGAUCUUACACGAACAUCAAGGUCACGACUCCUGAUGAUUUGUUACUUGCUGAGAGAAUUUUGAACUUGAAUUCUGAAGAAUCUUCAAAGUAGGCUUGUAUUUGGUUUUUGCAUUCUAUUGUUGCUCCAUUCUAUAUCUUUCAGAAUGAAAAGACAAUAUUUUCUUCUCUAAUUUUAAAGAUUUUGCUGCAUUUGAGGUCUGAUAAAAGACGAUAGCAGAUCUUGCAAUAAUAAUAUUCUAUUAGGCUCAUCUUCAAACCCAGAUGAAGAGUUUGUAAGCUGCACAGCCACCGCCAUAUUAUUUUAGGAGAAAAUGAGAUAAUGAUUUCUGCUGGUAUGAUUCUGUAUUAAAUGAUUGAAUCCAGAAAGAAUUUUGUAGAAAUUUUUAGUGAAUUAUGAGUCAAUUUUUCUUGCA